GCGGCAGCGCUGCUUCCCUCGCCGACGGGGGUGCUCUUGGUGGAGCGCUUGAGCAGCGGCUGAGGAGCAAACGGGGUGAUGUGGAGCCGGGACUCGGACGGCCAAAACGGCGCCGUUUCUCCCCGGGGUCCGAGAGGUCAUGGCGAACGUCAAAGUAGCUGUGCGAGUCCGGCCCCUCAGCAAAAGAGAGCAUGCAGAAGGAAGAGCAAUAAUUGUAGAAAUUGAAGAUAGAGUGGCAACAGUAAAAAAAGUAAAGGUAGACAACAGGUUCGAAAGUGUUUGGGGCACAAGGGAAAAAGUUGUGUCAUUUGGUUUUGAUUACUGCUACUGGUCAAUUGAUCCUGAAGAUCCGAAAUAUGCAUCUCAGGAAAUGGUUUUUCAGGAUCUUGGUACAAUGGUGUUAUCCAGUGCUUUUAAAGGAUACAAUAUUUGUCUUUUUGCUUAUGGACAGACAGGUUCAGGAAAAACAUAUACCAUGAUGGGAACUCCAGCUUCCAUUGGAUUAACGCCUCGGAUAUGUCAGGGUCUUUUUUCAAGAGAAGGUGCCUUUUCCAAGCAGUCAACAUCAUGCAGAGUAGAAGUUAGUUUCCUAGAAAUUUAUAAUGAGCAAGUCCGCGACUUAUUAAGGCAGUCAGACCAUAAGAAGCCGUAUACGCUUCGUGUCCGUGAACACCCUGAGAUGGGGCCAUAUGUUCAAGGGCUAUCUCAACAUGUGGUUACAGACUACAGACAAGUAGUUGAACUUCUGGAAGAAGGGAUAGCAAAUAGAAUCACAGCAGCUACCCAUGUUCAUGAUGCCAGCAGUAGAUCCCAUGCUAUUUUCACCAUCCAAUAUACUCAAGCUAUACUUGAGAAUAAUCUGCCUUCUGAAACCGCAAGCAAGAUCAAUUUAGUGGACCUUGCAGGCAGUGAAAAGGCCGAUCCUAGUUAUUGCAAAAAUCGAAUCACAGAGGGUGCCAACAUUAACAAAUCAUUAGUUACUCUUGGAAUUGUCAUCUCUACUUUAGCCGAAAACACUCAGAUGUUCAGCAGCUGCCAGAGCAUCAGCAGUAUAGCCAGUGAAGUGGACAGUGACCGUACAGACAGUUACUGUGGCUCCCAUAUCAAUAGCUGCAAGCGUCAAGCUUAUAUUCCAUAUCGGGAUUCCAUUCUUACUUGGCUUCUGAAGGAUAGUUUGGGUGGCAAUUCCAAGACCAUAAUGAUUGCAACUAUUUCUCCUGCAAGCUGUUGCUAUAAUGAAACUGUGAACACCUUACGCUAUGCUUCAAAUGCCAAAAAAAUUAUUAAUAAACCUCGAGUAAAUGAGGAUGCAAAUGUGAAACUGAUUAGAGAAUUACAAGAAGAAAUACGUAGAUUGAAGGUUAUGUUGAUGAAUUUUGAGCUGAUGAAUUCUAGCCCUUCAUGGAGUGAUGACAAAGAAGGAAAUCUUACAGAAUUAGUACUUCAAAAUGAAAUUAAGAUUGACCAGUUGACCAAAGACUGGACAGAUAAAUGGAUUAACAGAAAAGCUAUUAUGGAAGAAUACAGCGUGGAUAUCAACAAGAAAAAAGCUGGAGUGACAAUAGAUUCCAAUUUACCUCAUUUCGUGGCCAUGGACGAUGACAUCCUUAGUACUGGAGUCAUACUGUACCAUCUCAGGGAAGGAACAACCAAAAUUGGAAGAAGUGAUUCAAACCAGGACCAAGAUAUUGUGUUGCAGGGUCAGGGGAUUGAAAGGGACCAUUGUAUUGUAGACAAUCGGCAUGGGAUUGUGACUCUGCGGCCUCUUCAGGGAGCUCAUUGUGUUGUAAAUCAUCACAAAGUAACUGAUUCUGUUCGUUUAUCACAAGGAGCUGUAGUAGUCCUUGGCAAAACUCACAAAUUUAGAUUCAACCAUCCUGCUGAAGCUGCCCUUUUAAGGCAGAGGCGUUCAAUCUGUGAAACUUCCUCUGUAGUGAAUUUCAGAUCUCUUGAAUGGCUAGAUCUGGAUGGAGAUUUUUCUUCCCUUUCCUAUAGCGUUUAUCCAGCUGAAGCAGAAAGCAAUGAACAGAAAGAUCUUACAUACGAAGAAUGCCAGCCAAAGUUGAAAAACCAUGAGAUUCUUCAAAGCAAGGAAAUUCAACAUCAGCAACAAUAUAUUGAAGAAUUACAGCAGCAAAUCCUGGAUGGGCAGAUCAAAGCUGAGCAAGAGCUGGAACGUGAUCAGGCAGUAAUUGAUCAGCAGAUCAGAGAAAAUCGGCAGUGGAUCAUUGAUGAAAAGAACCGUUUGGCUAGCCAGGAGCAGCGGGAGUCUGCUGUGCAGACUGAGGUCAAAUCAUACGCUGAAGCUGGAGUUCAGCAUGAAUCAGAAUUGGAGAUUGGCCCUUCCUUGACAGAGCAGAACAAAAAGAAAUUAGUGCAGCUGGAACUUUUACGGAAAUACUCUUUGAAAAAAGCAGAAAGGCAUUUGAGUCAGAAGAAGCUUAAACUGCAUUUGGAGAGGAUUGUGAAGAAGCAGAAAUUGUUAGAAGCAAAGAAAAACCUGGAAUGGUUAGAAGCUACUUGCUGGGUCAGCAAAAACAGUGUGGUAUCGCUGCAGUUCUUGAAUCAAGAUACCAGCAUUAAAUCUUCAAACAGCAAACAUUCAUGGCCAAGAUCACACCCAAACCCAGAACCUUUGCAAUGCCAAAGGAAGACUUGCUUAAAACCUCAGUCACCACAAUCCAGUAUUUUCUUGAAGAGCGAUCCCUCUCAGAUAUCUACCUCAGCACAUAACUACGCAUGCUCCAUAAUCAAUCCACCGAGGAGAUCUCCGUCUACAGAAUAUUUUCCCAGAGCAGUUCAAGAACAUUCCAGAAGAAAUACUCAAGAGGAAAAAGAUGGAUCUUUCUUAGCCCAGAAACAGAUAAUCAAAAAACAGGAUAUCUAUUUCAGAAAUAAAGGAAUAGUGGAAAAUAACUGUAAUAAUACAGAAGUCAUUUAUCUUGGUAAACAUAAGCAAACAAUGGAGAGAUCAGAUGAUAGCUUAAGACCAACCAGAGCUAAAGCCCAGAGAUCAAAGUCCUGUACAUCUGAUAAUUUUAAGGAAAAGCAUGAACCUGAAACGAAGAAGGAAGGGUCUGAAAUUAAAGAACUAGAAUUAUUUCAACACUUAGAAAAGAAUGCAGCUCAAGAAGCCAAUAGAAAAUUUCAGGUGGAUAAAAGAAAAAAGCACCAAAGUUCAUUUCCUGGAAAUUCUGUUAAGAAACUUAAAAAGUCAUCAAUAUAUGGUAAACCAUUUCUUCAACAAUGGACCCAGACCCAAAAGAACUUUAAAAAUGGUUCAGUGGACAAACAUUCAUUAGAAAAGCACGAAUUCUUAAGGGUGGCACCUUUGGCAAGAAGUCUUAAUAAUCUAAAUAGUCAUGUAUCACUUUGUCAUGGAAAAAGAAGAUGGCAUAGUACUGAAAUGCUGAAUGAUAGAAUCUCCAAAACAGUCCCUGAUCCACUGAUCAGCUGGCAAGAAAGUGAGGAUGUUGAGUUUUCUGACACAGAUAGUAAUUAUUCAGUGGAUUCCCUUUCAUGUGCGACUUCAGAAGUCUUGACAGGACAAUUGAGUCAUCUGGAGGAAUCGGCUCAAAUAGACACUGUGGAAUUAGAGGGUUCAGAAAGUGAUGACAGCCAAAUGUCACAAGAUUCACUUACAGAAAAAGAAAACAAUGCCGAAAGCCAAGAUAUGAACGAUUCUUCUGAAAUACAUCCAGAACCUAUUAAGCUCUGCAAAGACGAGAAUUAUCAAUCUCUCUCACAGUUAACAAGCACAUCCACAUCAGGCGAUCUGACUAUCAAUGCAAGAAGCUUUUCUCUGGAUAGCUUAGGUGAUGCUGAUGAGGUGUCAGAUCUUGCAGAAGAAUCUAAACUAAAUUCGUACGAUGAAGUGCCAGCAGAAGUUUUUUGGAAGUUGCAAAACCUAAGGUCAGACACUGUUGUGAGUGAUCAACAGAACAAGCUUGAGCUCUGUAGUGAAAAUAGUACAUUGAGUCUCAAUGCAAGUUCUUUUUAUUUAGAUGUCAAUUCACAGUUUAGUUCUGUUUGUGAUCAAACACCGAACAAGAUGAAAAUAAGUUUCUCAGGUCAAGGUGGCUCAGCAGAUCAAGGGUCACACAUUGACGGUGAAAAUCUUCCAGUUUUAACAGAUGCUUGGCUGUCCAACAAUUUGAAAAAUCAAAAGAAUAGACCUAUAAUAGCUGUUCCUUCAUCUCAAGACCAUUCAGAAUUUUGGGUUGCUCGGAUGUACCCUGCUAAUAAAUCAAGCUACUGGAUGAAGAGAGAUGAUGUAAGACAAUCAGCUGCUGAAUUAUCAUUUGUUACUUGCUAUAAAAAACCCAAUCAGAUUUAUCAUGAGCCAAAUAAGAUUGAAAUGCUCAUUUCAUCUACAGCACCAUCAGUACCUUUACCAGAAACAAGGAAACAUUUUGAAGUUGAAGCUCCAGAAGACACAUCAUCAUUUUCUUUUUCAAGCAAAAAUACAUCAUUUGGUCAUAUUUCCACAUUUCCUACAAAAACGUGUUACAGUGAGGCUGCCUCUUUACCCACAUCUAAUUGUCAACAGCCAAAUUGCUUAUCUGAAGCAAGAUCCACCUGUGAAUGGAAAGAAACAUCCAGCUGUUUGAAACCAGUCCUAGAGUCUGUUUCUUCACCUUAUUCAGAGAUUUCCCAAGAUCAAGAUUUUAAAAACAACCUCUUAAUAUCUGUCCCAAAUGAUCCUAUUUUGCAGAAAGAAGAAAUUUAUAUAAAUACUAAUUUUGAAGAAUGUCUUUUUAGAACAAUUGAAAAGGGAGAUGCCAAUUCUGAUUCAGAUAGUAACACAAGAGACUCAAAAAUAGUUGAGUUAGAUAAAGUGGCCCUUCACUCCAGUGACCAGUUUGCAAUAUUAAUGCAGACCUCUGAACUUGAAAAAGACAGUAUGCAAGAAAGCAGGGAUGUCCUGAGAGAAUCUGCUUUAGAGGUUCCCUCAUUUAGAGAAGUGGAAGAAGUACCUCAAGCUGAAGAAUGGGAUUCAGGAAAUAAAUUUGAAUUUCAGACAAAAGGUUUAAUGAAUGGUUCCUCUUCAAGUUUAAAAGUUGAUUAUUCUGGAAAAAAUGUGAGUCAGAAAGCUUUCCCAACUUUUAAUGCUGGAGAUAGGAUGGAGAAGAGCAGUGAGGGGGACAAAUGUAACCUGAAUUCUGCUUCCAAGCCAGGAACACCUUUAUCUGUGGAUUUUGUGUUGGACAAAUCAGUACGUUCCAAUGUAGAUGGAAGUGAGAAAAAAACUAACACUUCAUCUGAUCGUUCUUGUGAAACAAGUGAAAAAUUCACUCCACAAUUCAACUCAGAUAUGUGUUAUGAAAAUAUACCUAGGAUUAAGGAUGUUUGUCAUAUAAGAUCUUCUUUUAUGGAAAAUAAUAGCAAUCCUCCAGAUCAGAAACACCCAGAGAUAGCUAAUUGUCUUGUAUGUAACUCCAUUUACUCUGGUUGCUGCACACCUACAAUAAGAGAGCAAAAAGAAGCUCAAGAUUUGCAUUAUUCAUUUAAUAAAAACGAUUGCUUGGGAGCAGGACUGCAUUCUGGACUAUCCAGAAAUAACACUGGAAAUGACUCUAGAAGAACUUUGAGAGAAGAUGGACUUUUAUCAGUCACAGCUUCUCAAAACUUCUGCCUGUAUAUCAAUAAAAUGUCCAAUAAUCUAAAAGAAUCUGUUGAGAGAAAAAUACCUUGGAGAUCAGAGGGAAACCAGGCUGAAUGCAAUAAUACAACCAUAAACUCUGAAGAACUCAAUAAGCUAGUAAUUAGUAUCAAUGAGCUGGAAUGUGACAUGUUAGAAAUGAAACUUAGUCAAAAUAAACAUUUACAUAGUUACUGUACACUUGAAGCAUUAGACAGUAGACGAAACUCUGAAGUCUCUAAUUUGAUUCAGAGACCCAACAGUGAUAAUGAGAAAUGUUGCCCAAACCAAUCUGUAAUUGGAGCAGUAGAAGAUGAAGAGACGAUCCAGCUCACUGAUUCUAGUGAAGAAGAUCGGUGUCCGUCAGAGCUAGCAAUGAAGUGUGAGAGUAACAUCCGCAUACCCACUAUUAAUCAUAAUAGAGUCCAAGAAAACAGAAAACAAAAUAUUUUUCCUGAGGCUAUAAAAGAAAGUUCUAAAAGCACAGAAGAGUUUUCUGACACAUCUGACCAACUAGUUAAAAAUGAUAACGAUACAGAAAAUAUCCAUGGUUCUGAACCAUUAGUGACUGCAGUAACCAUGAAAUAUAGGCAAGAUGCUAAUUCAAGCUACAAUAAAGAAGAUAAAAAUAUAUAUCGUAACAAUGAGAUCUUUUCAAAAGAAAUCUUAACAGAAUAUCCUAAUGCUGUUCAGGAAGAUAAAGUUGAUAGGGAAAUAAAGUAUUCCGAAGGAGUAGAUAAAGAACAAAGAGAGGCAAGAAAAAAUGAGGAAUGUGCAAAUUCAAAAUUAACUGGGUUACAACUUGCUGAAAGUACCACAUUGCUGCAAGAAAAUCAGAAUCCAUGUUUUACCGAUUGUGGUAAGGGAACAAAAUAUGAUCCUGCUGAAAUACCAGAAAUAUACUUCACUGCUUCUAAAUCGGAAGAACAAAAUGAUGAACUUGAUUUACCAGAUAUGUGCAUUAAUAGUAUUGAAAUAGACGAUGAGAAAGGAUCAGCAAAUCUUUGGACUCGUGUGAGUGAAAUACCGAAAGACAAUAAUGAUGGUGCUAAUUUAGAGGAUAAUAAAGGUGUCACUGAAUGGUGUGGAAUUAAAAAAGCGCUCAGACAAGUUAGUGAUGUUGAAAACAUUAGUGCACCUCAAUCUUCCACAGAUUAUUCUCAGAAUUCUGUUUCAGAACACUGUGAUAAGUUUGUUGGAAACAGUCUUGAUGCUUAUAAAUCUAUACCAAGGUGCUACCUUCUUAAGAAAAGUGAGCCAGUACAUUUGAUAAGUCCAGGACAAGUAUGUAUACCUGAGGUUCUGUCUCAAACCAUCAAGGCACAAACCAUGCAUACUUUCAAAGCAGAAAAGGAAAGGGAGUGUUUUAAAGAAAAUAAUGGAAAUCCAGAACAGGAUAUCUUCCAAGAUCAAGUUUUACCAGCAAACAUAAGCAGUCACUGCUGUUCAGAUAGCGAUGCAUCUUUAAAUGAAGUAUCAAAACAAAAAGAAUUGCUACCUCACAUGUUUUCAAGGAAUGAUGCUGAUACUGUUGAUAACUUGAUGCCAGCUAACCAAAGAGAUGCACCAGAAAAUAUAAAUCAAGAUUAUGAUUUAACUUCAGUCACUGUUAAAGGAUUUUCCCAUGAUCCCACACAAAGUCCUUUGUUACAAACAGAAAUUACACAUGGAGAAAAUAGGAACAGUGCUACUGAUACAACAAAUGAUCGUACACUGCCCUUGAGCAAUAAUGUCUGCAAUGAAGUACUUCAGUAUUAUGAUACACAAAUAAAGAGUAAUGGGAAAGCUGGAACAGUAUCUUCGGUUGACAAAGAUGAAAUAGCUAAACCUGUAGAUGAUUUAAUGUUAAAUAAAACUUUAAAUUAUUCUGUGUCUGAGCAAAGUCCUAAUAAGCAAGGCACAUAUUCCAAAUUUAUGGAAUGCCAUAAAUCAUUAGAUUAUGCUUCUGUUGACAACACACAAAACAAUGUUUUCCCUCACGAAAGGUUGGAUUCUUCUAUAAAUCACAAUGUAGGCAACUUUCAUGAAGAGUCUGAACAGUUGUUGAAUUCAUUCAAUAUACCUCAUAAAGAAAGUGUUACAUUGGGCUUAAUAAUUUCUGAAAAAAAAUUCUUCACUUCAGUAUUCAAAGAUGAGUUAGAAGAAACAACAUAUUCUCUUCAAGAUCGUUUUGAGAAUAGUGUCAGCCAGAAAGAGGUGGACUCAUUAGUGCAAUAUAACCAGGAAAAUAAAUGCCUUACUUCCAAGUGCAUUGAAAAUGAAUGCAAAACCAAUAUUGAAAAAUGUAAUGGAUUCAAGGGAUGUCAAACAGAAACUACAGAAAAUCUUGCAUGCAGAAUGUCUCAUGAUUUCUCUAUAGAAAAUAACACUGUAGCAUCCUCUGAAGUUGGUGAAACCCUUUUAGGAAAUUCUGACAAAUUCAUAUGGGAAAAUACUCAUUGUAUGAAAGACUAUGGUUCUGGAUGUAAUAUGAAUUCUUACAUGUCUGGCUACUCUGCUAGACACUUGAAUACACUAGCUACAGGUGAUCUUUAUUUUAAGGAGAGUAGGUUUCUUAAUUCUGAAAUGUCUGAUUGUCCUGUAUCAAGUGCAGAGGAUCAUGCUCUAUGUCAACAAGACAGCAAAAUUGAUGGGCAUGGUGAUUGCAUUGAAAAAAUCUAUGAAAAUAAAAAACAAGAUCAAAAUGAUUUCCCUGAAUGUGUCUGUGACCAAGAAAAUGCCUCUUUACAAUCUGACAAUUACACAACUAGAACAGAAACAAAAUUACCAGAAAAAAACUUGCUUACUUCUCAACAUGUUAAUGAAAGAAGCAGUCAUGAAACAGCACCUCCUAAAUGUUCUAUGGAAGAUUUUUCAGCCUGCAUUUCAUUUAAAAAUGCCAGUCCCCCCAAGUCCCAAGAGUGUUCCUCAUGCUGUACAUGUAGUUCAUCUACCAACUCACAGCACGAUUCUUCUUUGGCUUCCAGUUUGUCAGCUACAUUUCAACUCCAAAAAAAUAACUCAAUUGGUCACCAGGAUUUUCCAGAUAGUUGUUCCUCAUCUUCAGAAGCAUCUCUUAAAAGCAACACAAGUCUCAGUGAGACUCUGAUACCUGCUGCUUUAAACCCUGGUCCCUUAAACUCUCCCUCACUUACUGCCAGCCAAUGUGAAGAUUCUGAAAUCCUUAACCCGCCAUUGUGUACUUCAGAAACAAUUCUUUUUCUUGCAGAAAGAAAUGAAUGUCUCCCAUUAUCUAGCUGUCAAAGAAACUCAAUUUUAGAUUGCAGUGGAAUACAUAAUUUUAAGUCUGAGAAAAAAUGCCAUGAAGUAACUGAUUGUCAGGAACCUCCGAAUAUUAUUUUACCACAAAAAGAAUGCUUAAAAGAUAGUGACAAAACUUUAUACCACAAUUUAAAUACAAAUCUUGGUUUACAAAGAGAGCAGAGUACACUAUAUUUAAAUAGUGUGGAUGCAAUAAAUAUUUCUACUUCAGAAAUAGGUGACUCUCAUACAACUGCAUGUAAGAUGAUGAAGGGUGAGAGAGGAAUUUUGGUAUCAGAUGAACUAAACAAUUCAAGAAAACAUGACAGAAUUCCUUCCAGAUAUUUCUCAAUAAAUGACAGUUUAACUUCGCAAGAAGAACCUGCAUUGGCCAUAUAUAAAAAUAAAAAUAACAUUUCCACUUCACAGAAUGCAAAGAGAAUGAAAAAAGAUCGACAGUGGCCAGAUUUGCAUAGUCAUAGCUUAUCAGCACCAGUGAUUGCUACUUCCGUUGUUGAAUGUGCUUCAGAAACUUCAGAAGUAGACUUGUCUGUGCAUCCAGGUUCUAAGUCAUUACAAGAAUUAAAUAUGAGCAUUGAGCCUCCCUCUCCAACUGAGGAUAACAUGUGCAGUACUAAAAGCUUAUCAAAAUUAAAGACAGAGAAUGUCCCAAUUAAUUAUAAACCCAGGUUUCAAGAGAAAUCUCUUGAAGGCCAAGGAGACUAUAAAGAACCAUCGCAAGAUAUCCCUUCUUCAGAUUCACCUCCAGUUCUUUGCCUAAAAGCUGUUGCUUACUCUACUGAUAAUCGUACAAAUAUAGAAGCAAACAAAUACUCAAGUAGCAUUACUCCACUGCACGGUUAUAUAAACAAAAAUAAAGAACUGAGAUAUCAAUUGGAGGCAACAAAUGAACUAGAUAAAGAUAAUAAUGAUUCAAUGCAUUUUAAUUCAAGUGAUAUAAACCCUUACAUACACCCAUGGCAGCAAGAUGAAUGUUGCAAGAUGGGUUGGAAACAAUAUGUAUUUGGAAGUGCAAGUGAUGUUUCCGGCAAUCCUCCUCCACUGAACUUAGAUAAUCAAAGUGUUAUAAGAUGUUCCAGUGUGGAUAAUGGUUUGAACUCUCAAAAUUCUCCAUUCCAUUCUCAUCUCAGUUCAUAUGCUAAUGCUAGAAUGUUGUCCAGCACCCUUAGCAGUACAGAAGAUCUCCAAAGGUGGGAUGUUGCAAGAGAAAGUUUUGAUUCUACGCAUUCUGAUGGAAAUGACAAACAUGAUACAAAUAUUUCUCAGGCUGAACUUACAAACACACCAGAAAAUUGCAUUUCCGGUUGUGAAAACGUUCUUCCAGAUAUGAGAUGCACUCAACAAUCUGAAAAUACUUCCACACCAGUUGAUGAAAUUGUUCUAUUCUACCCCACUAAAACAAAUUUAUCAUAUAAUAAACAGCAAGAAAUACUUAUUUGUGAUCGGGAAACACAGACAGAAGCUCCAGCAAAGCAUAAGAGACAGAAGAGGCAUCGCAGAAGCUAUACAGACCUCCCUUCAAGAAAACCUGAGCCAACCAAGAGUUCAUUUCAAGAACCUUCUUCUUGGUCAAGUGUGCAGAACAUUUCCAUGCAUCUUUCACAGCUUCUUCACAACACCUCUGAGCUGCUUGGAAAUUUGUCCUUUCAAAAAAUAAAGGAUGAUGAACCAAAUUACCAUAAAGCAGUUGAACAGAGAACAAGCUUUGGCAUGUUUGAUCGCCAUACUCAAACAACCGAAGACAUAGGCAUUCAAACCGAUAUUUUAGGACAUCCUCGAAAUACAAUUGAGGACAGACAAAUUAAUGCUAAUAUGAAAACUGAGCUAGUGAAAUCUCAGGAAGUAAAUGUUAUUGUGAAACUAGUACAUCCAGAUACUAUAACUCUACCUAAGGAAAGAGCAUCAAAAACCAAAGGAAGGAAAUUGCUGAGUAUGCCUGACAUAAGAAGUCAUGAUGUUGAUACUCAAGGACAUUAUUAUAUGCCUCAAUCUACUUUAGGUAUACAUUCCAGUUCUUCCUCAGAAGUGCCUAAAACACCAUUAACUAUUUCAUCAAUACCUGCUUUCAAUAGUCCCAAAGUAUAUCCAACGUCACCCUCGUUAUAUAAGUCUAGACUUAAGUCUUCAGCUACUGCUGUUAGUAAUCCUGCUUCUUGUAGCUAUCUGUCUCCCAACUUUCAAGAUAAGAAUCCUGUUGAUAAAACUAGCAUUUCAGAAACAAGGCAACUGUAUUGUAAAAACAACUUGCUAGUUGACAGAGCUUCUUCUCCAAUUUUGACACUAAGUGCAAGUCCAAUCAACCAGCAACCUACAUCAGAGAUUUCAACUAGUUCUUCCAAAGCAGCAGCUGGGAAACUGGUGAAAAGUACUGAAAAUUCAGUAACUGAUUUUAAGAAAAAGGAUUCAGAUCUACAGUAUAACAGAUGUUCUUGGGAAUCAUGUCUUGAUACUUGUUCACAUGCUGAGAUAGACAGUGAAUCUCCCACACCUAGAGAGAGCAAGGAUAUUUAUAAAAGAUCUGGAAAUGGCUUGGAUAAAAGCAUGACCAAAGUGUUUUCCAAAAAAGGUACUUCAAAACAAAAGCAAAGAUUGACCAUUGACACACAUACUGCAGUUCACACUGAAAGACUUUAUCACUCAAGCAGUACUUUAGAACUUUCUAGUCAUGGGGAAUAUAUAAUUGAUGAUCAUGGAGAAACCCUUCCCACAGAACAUUCAUUUCAUCAGACACGAGCCAUGAGAAGGGCAAGAAACUUCUCGGGAGGAAUUAAAAGUGGAAACUCCAUUAGAAGUUCAGAAUGUUUGCCUUCUAAGAGGUCUUUGCCAAAAUCUUUAAAUGAACCUCAUACCUCUUCAUGUGUAAAAUCAGAAGAAACUCAUGAAUGUGUUCCUGAUUCUUCUCAACCAUGCCCCCAGAUCUGGAGAAAUGAGAAGAGUAGUUCUUUUCUCAGGUCAGAAAUGAGUGACAUGCAAGACAAUGAUAAUGAUGUGGAUGAAGAGGAUGAUGAUGACGACGAUGAUACAAAAACAGGAUCUGAUAUUGAUAGCGUAUGCCAUACUGAAAUCUUGCUAAAUGGGAACACUUCAUUAGUAAAAGGCCACAGAAAUCGAAGUUACAGUCUUCGUGACCUGCCCAUGCACAAUAAAUUCAGCAAUUGGUGUGGUGUGAAGGGAGCUCCUCAUUCUUCCUUGACUAGCCUGACACUGAGUGCUAGUGAUAUCCACAGCCAGACAGAAGGGAAAUUGGUUAACAGAAGAACCACUGAAAUAGAAGAGAGAUCUCUACUUAGCGAAAGGAGAGCCAGAGAGAUUGAAAGACUAAGAAGAGAGCGUGCCCAGGUUAUGUCUGGAAUACAUUUAGAUAUGAGUCAGCAACCUCUUACUGUGGAACUCACAGAAGCAAAGCUAACCUAUGGGAUUGGUGAAACUGACGCACAACUCAGGAUUCUUCAGAAUGUAGUAGGUGAGGAAUUGACAGCAGUGCCCAUAAAACAGCAGCUUUACGAAAGGCACAAGAAAUCAAUUGAAAUUUUAAGGAAACAGAGAGAAGAGAGACUUCAGUGCUUCAGAAGGAGUCGCAGUCUUAGUCCACAAAAGCAUCUGAAUUUUUUGCAAACCCUGGACAAUAACCAGAGAGAAAUAGAUCUGCCCAGUCGACGCCGUGAAUACCUCCAGCAAUUGAGACGAGACGUUGUAGAAAAUACAAGGGUUCAUGAACCAAAAAUCAGGAUCCAGCAUCCUUCAGAGAUUGAACAACUGCUUCGAGAAUAUCAGAAAGCACAAGAAGAAACUAAAACUGAAAUUGCACGAGCGAGGGACAAGCUCCAGGAAAGAGCUGAGCAAGAAAAGAAGCGCAUUAGAGAACAAAUAUAUUAUCAACUGCAGAAGGAAGAAACUAAGCUGAAGACUCUUGUAAGCACAAGCACUUUACACACAGAUUCCACCCUUAGUUUGUCUUCAGGACCAACUUCUGGAUACAACAGUAGUAACACAGCUACUUAUUCUGCUAGUAUUCUUAGCAAACAAGGAGCCCAGCUUUGUGCUGAAGAUGUGGAACAUUCAGGAGAAGAUGCAAGAGGACGCUCAGCUAUUAGAAAUCAUCAGCUUUGCAUACUCAAACAAGUGCAAAAGGGAUCUGCUAGUGAGACUUUUCCUAUGACUUCUUCAACCGUGGAGAAGAGCAGCCAUAGGUACCCUCAUAGCCUAAUUAUUUCACCUAGCACCUUUUCAGCUUCUUCAGUGAAAGGAUAUGAAGAUUUGUCCAAACAUGUCUUGGCUACUGCUACUGCUGAGGUUAUGGCAGUAUGUUCAAAUGACUUGAAAAACCUUUACAGUGGGCAGGCAACCGCUGGCUGGAAAUAUCAAUGCACAGAGAAGAACGUGUUUGUUUAUUAUAAAGCCUUCUCAUCAUCUACAACUAAGCAUGGGUUUUUGGGAGCAGGAGUGAUCGACCAACCUCUUUCCACGGUAUUGUGUAUGUUGAAGGAUGCCAGUAAGCGACAUUUAUAUGACAAAACCAUUACCACAGCUCAGGUACAUAAGAAAAUAACCAGCAAUAUUGAGUUGGUAUAUGUGGUGAGUGAGGAUUCCUUUUGUUACCAAAAGCAGCCAAGAGAUUUCUGCUGCAUCUGUGUAGAAGCCAAAGAGGAAAAUAUGUACAUCUUAGCUCUUCAGUCUAUCUAUGAAGAGUCAAUGCCUCGCCCAUGUAAAGAAAUGGUACGAGGAGAGAUUUUGCCCAGUGCAUGGAUAUUACAACCUGAUACCAUGAAUGGAAAAGACAUCACUAAAGUCAUAUAUAUGGUACAGGUUGACCUUGGUGCCCCAGCGAUUCCUGCAAGACUUCUGAGCUCUUUUGUAAAGAGACAGCCUUUGGUAAUUGCUCAGCUUUCCCAUUUUCUCACCACUUAGAUGGGCAUAAUACACACUAUCAACAAACUCUGUUUCAGUAACAAACUGUAAAUAUCAGCAACAGCAGAAUUUGCUUUCUGAAACUGGUGGCAGGAGGAAAGCCUCGCCAGACCACACAGAAUCAUAAAUGGUUACUCCGCAUUACAAAUAUUGUUCUCGUUCAGUUAGAAAAGAACCUUGAAUGAGAUUUUUGUUUGGUGGUUUAGAGAAAAGGCAACCUUUACAGAUACACUGGUCAAGAUGUUUUCCUUGAAAUAUUGAUUUUACGUUGAAUUUCUCCUUCGACCAGAUGAUUAUGGAAAGAUUUCUGGUGCAGUAAAACACAAAAGAACUUUUUUUUAAAUUUUAAGGAACAUUUCAUUUUGGAAACUAAACUAAGCUACUAUAAAGCUCUUUGUAGAGUGCCUGAUGAAUGAAAAAUGCGUAACAAGUCUACAGUGUUACUGGCUGGAGAAGCAACUCACUCUCAAGGGAGUACUAAGUUGUGAAAAUGAGAACUGGUUUUUGCUUUCUCUCGGUCAGAAAUGCAACUCAGGAAGAGAGAUAAUGUUUUGCUACAGGAUAUAUGUUUUCGCACUACAGAAUCACUCCGCCAUAAGACUACAUGUUGAAAACCAGUAAUAUAACAGCAUUAACACAACUGCAAGUUUCCUACGUAGCUACCACUACAUUCUGAAUGUUGGAGAGGAAUUCCUAUCACAGCAUCUCAUUCAGCAAAUAUCCUUGCCACUCUUCUUUUCCUGGAAGAGCAACAGUAAUGAAAAUAAGCUCAAAGCAGAGGAAGUCCACCAUUGUUUUACCCCAUGACUUUUAUCAGGUUGAAAAUCUAACCUCUAAGCCUCAACUGUUCGUGUCAUAUCGAUUUGCAUUCCCCGUGAGCUGCUUUAUAAAAUUACAUUUUUCUA